UAGAAAUCAUAAUUUAUAGACAAAAUUUGGGCCUGGUUUCAUAAUCCUUAGGGGAUUAUAAAUCUACCCAGUUUCUUAUUGGUAAUAAAUAAUUUGUCAAAAACACGUGUGGUGAAUUUGGGGUUAAAUAUUUUUUUCUAAAUAACAAAUUAAAGAAUAUCAUACUUUGGAAAAAUGGAAGAUAAACGCUUUGCACACAUUAAAACCGAUCCCAAAUUUCGGCGGAUUCCCAAAGGAGCCCGAAAAGUUAAAAUUGAUAAGCGAUUCCAGUCUAUGUUCAAAGAUAAAAAAUUCAAAGUAAAAUACACAGUGGAUAAACGUGGAAGACCUGUAAACCACACAUCAACUGAAGAUCUAAAGCGUUAUUAUGAAUUGAGUUCAAGUGAGAGUUCUUCAGAAGAGGAAUCAGAAGAGCCUGGCAAGUACGUCAAAGCUCCCCAAAAUGACCUAAGUGUGAAACAUGUGGGCGAUAAAGAGCUUCCCAAUGAUGUUAAGAAGAAAUUGCGUGAUUUAAAUGUUGAUUAUGCCAGAGGAGAGGGAAAUUUACUCAGUGAGAGUUCUUCAGAUGAUGAAACAGAUGAAGAAGUUUCUGAAGGGGAACAGAUUGAACACAACUGGGGAGAGUUGGAUAACGACGCAGAUAGAACAGAUGAAGCUACAUACAGAUUAGCUGCUUGUAAUCUGGAUUGGGAUAGGAUAAGAGCGCUAGAUUUGAUGGUUCUCUUCAAUUCAUUUUUACCCCCAGGAGGAGCUGUUAAGUCAGUGGUGAUUUAUCCAUCAGAAUUUGGAAAAGAACGUAUGAAGGAAGAGGAAGUGAAAGGGCCAAUUGAAUUAGUGGAACACAAGGAAAUAGAAGAAGAGGAGACUGAAGAAGGGUCAAAAUAUCACAUGGAAAAAUUGAGGCAAUACCAACUAAACAGACUAAAAUACUAUUAUGCUGUUGUUACUUUUGACAGUGCAAAUACUGCAAAUAAAGUAUAUACAGAAUGUGAUGGGAUGGAGUAUGAAUCAAGCGCGACGAAGCUUGAUUUGAGAUUUGUCCCAGAUGAUAUGACUUUUGAUGAUGAACCUAAAGAACAAUGUGACAAAUUACCCGAACUUAAUAAAUACCAACCUAGAUUCUUCACAACUACAGCCUUACAACAAGCCAAAGUUGAUUUAACUUGGGAUGAAACCGACCCGGACAGAAUUGAAAUGACUCAAAAACUCAACACUGGCAAAAUUGAAGAAGUAUCAGAAAAUGACCUUCAGAAUUUCGUUGCAGUAAGCGAAGAUGAGGAAAGUGAAGAUGAUGAGAAAAACGUCACGUCAGACGAAGACGAAAGCAAGAAUAAUCCAAUUGAUAAAUAUAAACAACUUCUGCAAGAAAUCGAAGAAAAAGAACAAGAGAAGAAAAGCAGAGAAAUUGAAAUGGAAGUAAGCUGGGGCAUCGACUUGAAAGACAAAACUGAGAAACUUGUAAAGAAGAAAAUUGAAAAUGAAGAAGAAAAGACACCGUUCCAGAAAUAUCUGGAUAAGCGCAAAGAGAAACGUAAGGAGAAGAAAAAGAAGAAGCAAGAAACUGAAGAUUCGGAUGAUAUACCGUCUGAUAUCGACAUGAAUGAUCCAUAUUUUGCGGAGGAAUUUAACAAUCCUGAGUUCAAGAAAAAGAAAUCCAAGGAGAAGAAAAUUUCUCAAUUAGAAGAAAAUAAUCCUGAAUUAGAAUUACUUUUGGCUAAUGAAGAUAACGAUAAUAAGAAGCAUUUUAGUUUGAAGAAAAUACAGAAGCAAGAAGAAGCGACUAAGAAAAAACGGAAACAUAAAGAAACAGAAGAGAAGAUUGACGAUUUUCAAAUUGAUGUUAACGACGAACGAUUCUCGGCCCUCUUUACGAGUCAUUUGUACAAUAUUGACCCAACAGACCCUCAUUACAAGAAGACAAAAAGUAUUGAAACACUAAUAAAUGAAAAAAUUAAAAGGCGGAAAAAUGGUAGCGAGAAUGAAGAGAAAGAAAAGUCGAUAAAAAAAGAUGCAGAAUUGAGUGUUUUGGUAAAGUCUGUGAAAAGGAAAACUGAAGCGUUGAGUAAAAAGAAAAAAUGAUUUUUUGUACGUGCAUCAUUUGUAUGUAAAUAAACGAUCCUUAUAAAUUUUGGUAUAUUAUUCAAUCAUUA